GAAUCUUCAGUGUCAUGUGGGCGAAGGAAGCUAAACCGAUACCGAUGGAGAGCUGCUAGUUGUCUUUACUUGAUUAAACCUAGAUUUCUAUCAAAUGUAUUUUGCGUUUUAAUACAUCUACUUAGAUUUUUUUUAAUAGACGGAAUUUUCUUACCAUUAUUGACUCUCUUGAAAAACAGGAAACGAACAAAAAUAAGUGUAAUGAUGUUGUCCUGCAGAGCCAUCCACACAAGGACGCUGCAACACGCAAACAAAUGAAGAUGCUAGCAGAGUCUGGGAACUUCUGAUGAAAUUACCACACCAGCCCACACUACAUAAUGGAGGAAAAGGCAAAUGGCUCCGUUGACCUCAAAAGCCCUGUGGAAAAUGGUCAGCUUCCUGACCCUGCCAACUGGGGCGUUGCUGAUGUUGUCAAUUACUUCAAAGCCACAGGAUUUGAAGAGCAGGCCACAGCUUUUCAAGAUCAGGAAAUCGACGGCAAGUCUCUUCUCUUGAUGACGCGUAAUGACGUGUUGACGGGCCUGUCCAUAAAGCUGGGACCUGCACUCAAAAUCUAUGAGUACCAUGUGAAACCUUUACAGACUCAACACCUGAAGAGCAAUGCCUCAUAGCAUCAAUAGACCAUCCAAAAACCCACCUCAGCGACAAUCAGUAUGUCAGGUGAUCCCAGUCUAGCUGCCGCUUUUCAAAGACUCCUCUAGUGGCACCUUAACAGAAUUUUUCAGUAUGUUUUUAAUAAUCUCACUCCCUAAAAGGGCUGCACAUGGGCCCACUAUGCUGUUUACCUUUUCAUUUAAUCUUAUACUGCUGCUUGAGAUGUUGUAUUUUAUUUUCUGUUAUUUAAUAGAAGAAUAGGUGGACAUUUUGCAGGUAUGGUGGGUGUGUUUGUGAGUGAAAUGAGGUUAAACCAAUGUUUUUAAAAGUAUUUAUAUACAAGAUGAAAUCUAGUACAAAACUGUCUAUGUUGUAUCAUACAUUGAAUUUUUAUUAUGCACCCCAUAAAUCUCCAACAGGUCAGUUAGUGAUCACAACUGUGCAGCUGAGGCCAUCUGUGCUGAGCAUGUAACAUUUAGUUUGUAUUGUUUCUAAACAUGACCUUUGUUUAUUUAACCGAGGCUCCAAAAAUGAGAUUAUUUAUGUGUAAAUAUUCCUUUCUGUGGUGCUUUACCUUUGUGACUGAGACCGCUGUAAUGAAGUGUGUAUGACCAAUGUGCAACAAAACACUGGCUCUGUCCCUAAAAGAUUUGCAAUAAAUGGUGCUGUUUUCUCACCAAAGAGUAA